UCUCCAGAUCCAGCAGAUAAGCAAAUAGCAUCCAAAUUUCAAGCGAAUCACAAAAACAAAAACAAAAACUAAAAAAAACCUUCAACUUCAUUUCCAUAUUUUGAUCACAAAAGUGAGCGCAGAUCAAUUUUCAUUCGCAAAUGGAAGAGAAAACACCCCAACCCAUUGGCAUAGAGGCUGAAAAUGCAACAACCAUCGUUGUUAAUGAGCCAGAAAUUGCCGCCAGCUCAUCGGGUAAUAAUCCAGAUGCGGCCGAUGAUAGACCCGGUGUCUCUGGGGUCCAUCUGCUGUUGAUGUGCUUGAAUACGGAUCGUCAUGUGACAUUCCAUGAGGGUGUUGUGGACAACGAGGGCAUGAAUCGCCGCAAAUCCAAAUGCUGUUGCGUCUAUCGCAAGCCGCAUGUCUUUGGCGAAAGUUCUUCGUCCUCCGAUGAUGAGUGCGAGCACUGCUGUGGCCAUCCCGAGGUGCGUCUUCGCAAUCGCCUCAAGAAACAGCAGCAGCUGCAACAGCAGCAGCAACAUUGCCAAUGCGGUUGUCAGCAGCAUCGCAGCCAUCAUCAUCAUCAUCAUCCUCAGCCACUGGAGUCAGUUCAGCAUGAAACGAAUGCCAGCACAGAGAUUGCUGGUGAUUCGGGCAAUGUCAAGAUCAAAACCGAAUCAAACACUCUGCUUUCGGCAUCCUCACAAGCCAUGCAGCAUUCAUAACUGCAUUUUACCAUCUCGUCUUUCUUUUUUCGGCUAUAUUUGU